AUGGCGGCGCCCAGUAACUCUGAUCAUUCUCCCGAGAUAUCGACGCCGUUAAAGAUGCCGAAAACAGAAGUUCCAUCACCAGAAUUGGAGGAUUUGAGUGACAGCAACCAAUAUCAUUCCAAUCCCUCUACACCUAAUCGAUUCUCACCUCUCAACGUAGGUAUGACGAUUUCUGGGAGCGCAGGCCGAAGUGGAUCGGCCUUUGCCUCAAAUAGCUUCACGGCUUGCCGAGGGAUGUCGUGGACCCCAUCCGAAACAAACGCCCUUAUUGCGGUGUGGGGCAAUGAAAGACUGACGGAGGCACGAAUGCAGCAAUUGGAGGUUGCAGGAACCGUUUUCUCUGGAAAGGCUCCUGGUCCCGCAAUGUACGAGCGGGUCUCACGAGCCCUAGCAGAGCUCGGCUACGAAAGGACCCCAUCCCAAUGCAGGGAGAGGAUGAAGGUAAUUGGGGACAGAGUAAGCAUGUUCAUCUAUCACAUAGGUAGUAAUCUAUCAGAUGCUUGCCACUCUUGCUAGGCAGUAACUUCGUGCUAUGUUCAAUCAUGUGAUGUUGUCCAGGGAUGUUGUCAGUGCUACAGUAGCUUCCUAGCUAACGUUAUGCCCAUUGACUUAGCAAGCUAGCUAGUAAUGUAGCUAGCUAAUGUAACGAUUCAACCUGUAGGUACAUUUUUAAACACAGUCAGUGAAUUGUCAAGCUAGUUAGUAGUUGUUUUUAUCAACGCUGGUGUAUUUACAUACACUAGCCAUGCUUUCAAUUUUUUUGGGUUGCAUAAAAACAGUCCGUGGCGUGGGAAGCCAGAAAUGAAAUAUAAUUCAAUUUCAACUUAGCUACCGUGUGGUGGACAGGAUGGUUGGUCCUUAUGACGGGGGAAUUUGAGACAAAAUAUCUGAUGGAUCGUAUUAUUAAACAGACUUUCCAAACGUGGGUCUGUUGUAGACAGUGCGGGACUUUUAUUUUGACAUGAGGUAAGCAGAGAGGAAGUGUGUUUACGACAGACUAGAGGUAAAGAUGUUUUAUAACUAACCCAAGAUAGACCACAGCCUGUCAUUUCCAAUGGGAACAAAUUAGUCAUAGUGGGCAGAACAAGCAAGGAGGGCAUAGCCAAGUACGAGCUAUUGAGAUCCUAUUGGCGUGUUCGAGCAUUUAUUUAUUUGCAUAUUUCCGUUAGGGAACGCCUGCUUUGUGAAGUGCGUCUGUGCAAUAACUCAAUUCGCCCUUGCACUACUUCUAAACCAUGCAAUUUUUUUUCAACUUUGGCAAAGGGUAAAGUCUACAAAACGCAGUCCACUCCGUUUGUUACAGAUUCUAGUUUUGGAAACAGAAAACUGUAUGGAGAUCAAAUGGUUAAUCGAUGAGAAAAUCAGCAUAAUGUUGGCCAAAAUCCAUCUCGCUCCUACUGCCAGCCACUGGGCUUCCUCUCAUCACCAUAUUUGGUAGUGAGUGGAAACGCCAACCGGAUGCUUCACAUUUAUACAUCUGGUGAAAUAUCUGGCUCAUUGUUCUUUGUGUGCUAGAGGUCUUCUCGAGUCCAAAAGGUUGGACCCGAACCCGAAAGGACCCGAGGACAAUCCAACCUGAACCCGAAUGGACCCUACAACAACCAGACCUAGACUCGACCCAUACCCUUACGGGUCCGGGUCUAGACCAGACCCGAUUGGACCUGAGUGACUAAAUAAAUAUGUUUAUCAGCCAACUUGCUCUUCUGGUUAAGGAAUAUGUUGGCUAGUCCUUCUAUAAGUCAAUAAAUUCACCUUUUUAGUUUAAAAUAAAUAUGCUAUAGGCUAUGCAGAGCCGCGGUAGGGUCCACUCAAUCAAACAGGACCCGACCUGGACCCAAGAGAAAAGUUAGAAUUUAGGACCCGGACUCGCUCAGGUCCCGGGUCGAGCCUUGGGUAUUCGGGAUUGGGUGGACCCAUGAAGACCUCUACAACAGACCCACGUUUGGAAAGUCUGUUUAAGUAAUAAUGCCCUCGAAGCCGGUGUUUGGAGGAUAUAUUGGCACGGGUGUUGAGACGAAGUCGAAACACCAGCGUCCAUAUCUAUGGACGCGACCCUACGGCGGUCCAGAGAGGACAUUUGAAUCUAAAAAUUAUUCCCUCAUUAUGUCGAUCACAACUUAUUUAUCUCAUGACCACGACGACAUAACAAAAGUUGUUUUGUCGAGAUCACAAGAUAAUUUUCUCGUGAUCACAACAUAAUAAAAAUUAUAUAUGUAUAUAUGUUUAUGAAAGACACCAAGAGACACCAAAAAUACUAUUUACACACUAUUCAUAUAUACUGUACAUAUUCAUAUUCUUAUAUACAGUGCAGUUAAAUUAGAUCUUUAGAAAGAGGAGAGGCGCUGUGAUACAAUGUUUUGUAUCAGUUUUUUAUUUUUACGAAUCAUCAGAACUAACAUCAACAACAUGCAUGAUGGUCUUUCAUGAUAGUCUUUCUGGUGGCAGAGUAUUCCACGAUGACAUGGCUCUAUACAUAACUGAGUGACACAUUUAAUCUGUUUUUGGUUUGGGUACCACGAAGAAACCCAUAGUGGCAUGUCUGGUGGUGUAUGUAUGUACACUACCGGUCAAAAGUUUUAGAACACCUACUCAUUAAAGGGUUUUUCUUAAAAAAAAAAAAAAAUAUUUUCUACAUUGUAGAAUAAUACUGAAGACAUCAAAUCUAUGAAAUAACACAUGGAAUCAGGUAGUAACAUUUUUUUUUUUUUUUUUUUUACAAAUCAAAAUAUAUUUUAUAUUUAGAUUCUUCAAAGUAGCCACCCUUUGCCUUGAUGACAGCUUUGAUCACUCUUGGCAUUCUCUCAACCAGCUUCAUGAGGUAGUCACCUGGAAUAUAUUUCAAUGAACAGGUGUGCCUUGUUAAAAGUUAAUUUGUGGAAUUUCUUUCCUUCUUAAUGCGUUUGAGCCAAUCAGUUGUGUUGUGACAAGGUAUACAGAAGAUAGCCCUAUUUGGUAAAAGACCAAGUCCAUAUUAUGGCAAGAACAGCUCAAAUAAGCAAAGAGAAACAACAGUCCAUCAUUACUUUAAGACAUGAAGGUCAGUCAAUCUGGAAAAUUUCAAUAACUUUUAAAGUUUCUUCAAGUGCAAUCGCAAAAACCAUCUUCACAGCAACUUUGUCAAUAUGACUUGACCAUGAUAACUGACCAUCCAAUGUUACUCCUAGGAGUUCAGCUUCUUCAACUGGUUCAAUGGUCACACCCUUUAUGCACAACUCCAGUUGAGGUUUAGGUCUAAGAGAAUGCUUUGAAACAAAUACAAUGCUUUUGGUUUUAGAUGUAUUUAAGACCAGUUUAUUGUUAAUUACCCAUUUUGACACUGACUGUAACUCCUUGCUAAGAGUCUCAGUGAGCUCACUGGCUGUAGGAAGGCAACUGCCUUGAGGGAUACCACACUGUACAUAUCUGAUGUUAGAGAAGCUUCCAUAGAAAAAUUCUAUUGGAUAAGUAACUCUCCAACCAUGUGAUGGCUGGUGACGUAAAGUCAUAACAGGUGAGUUUUUUUUUUCCUCCAGAUAAAUUAUGAUCAAUAACAUCAAAGGCUGCUCUGAAAUCUAACAAUACAGCUCCAACUAUCAUGUUAUUAUCCAUUUAUUUUAGCCAAUCAUCAGUACUCUGAGUCAGUGCAGUACAAGUUGAGUGCCCUUCCCCAUGUGCAUGCUGAAAGUCAGUAGUUAACUUGUUCUUUAAAAAAUAGCAUUGUAUUUGAUCAAACAAUUCUCUCCAUCUGUUUACUAAGAACAGGCAGCAAACUGAUUGGGCUGUUAGAGCUGUUAGAGCCAGCAAAGGUUUUUAGGUAGUGGAAUUGCUUUAGCUUCCCUCCACGCCUUUGGACACACUCCUUUCGGCUUUGGUUAAAGACAUGACAAGUAGGGGUAGCAAUACAUUCUGCUAUCAUUCGCAAUAGUUUCCCAUCUAGGUUGUCUAUACUUGGUGGCUUAUCAUUAUUGAUGGAUAACAACCGUUUUUCCACCUCUUCCACACAAACUUGACCAAAUUCAAAAUGGCAAUCCUUCUUUAUUAGAUCUUCAAUACACAAAUAUGAUUGUUCAACGUUGUCAUUUCACUUCUCAGUUUAUCCACUUUACCGGUGAAAUAGUCAUUGAAAUGAUUGGCUGUAUUAAAAGGUUUUGUUAUAAAUGACCCAUCAACUUCAAUUAAUGAUGGAGAUGUAUUGGGUUUUCUGCCCGUACUAUCAUUUAACCAGUUAAAUGUAAAAAUGUCAUCGAAAAUGUCAUCUACGUAAUCCCCAAAAGUAAUGAUUUAUCACGAGAGGGCCAUAAACAAUAACUAGUAAUGCUGCAUACUCAAAGAAAGGUUAAAAUCUCACCUUUCUGGUAAAAAUAGUUAUAAAUUGCUGAGGUAGUCACUUUUGAGGACACAAGCUCAAGUACACAGUACAAAUAUGAUACAAAUAUUAAAAUAUUAAAUAUUUUAUAUGAUGCAUUUCCUAUUCAACAAAACGGAAUAAGGCUUGAAAUGACAUAUGCUUUCUAAAUAUAGCAUGAUCAAAUGUAUAAAACUACUCACUAUAGGAUUUCACCUUCCUUAUAACUGUAAUAGACAUAUUUGUAUGUUUAGUGUUAGAGAAAAAGUGCAUAUUUUCUAAAGGUCUCUUAAUCAAAACAUCGCUGUGAAUGGCUCACAGAGCUCUAGCUUGGCUUCCUGAACUCGUUAGGAACUUGCCUUUCAUCUCAUAAUAAUCUUGUCUAUGACAAACAAAAAGUGUAUUUUGUUUAAAAUCUAUGAAUUAUUUUAGAUUAAUGGCUAUAAAUCGAUCUCUGAAUUGCAGUGCUUUGUUAGUGGCUGAUGUAGGGUUCAGCCAGGAGUUGAUGGACAGUCUGAAGAGCGAAUGAAAUGGUAGGAAGGUCAUUGCAGUGCUAGCUGUGCCACUAGAGAUCCUGGUUCGAAUCCAGGCUCUGUCGUAGCCGGCCGUGACCGGGAGACCCAUGGGGCGGCGCACAAUUGGCCCAGCGUCAUCCAGGGUAGGGGAGGGAAUGGCCGGCAGGGAUGUAGCUCAGUUGGUAGAGCAUGGCGUUUGCAACGCCAGGGUUGUGGGUUCGAUUCCCACAGGGGGACAGUAUAAAAAAAAUAAAAAAAUAAUGUAUGCACUCACUAACUGUAAGUCGCUCUGGAUAAGGGCGUCUGCUAAAUGACUUAAAUGUAAAUGUAAAUCCCAUCUUCAAGUGGUUUCAGCUUUCACAUCCUACGUCACACAGGCUCAGAAAAAAUACUACUGUAUCCGUUGGAACCAUGGCUAUCGCUCAAUGCAAGCCAUUUCGAUCUACGGUAUCCACAGAUCGAUUUAUACGCGAAAAUGUUGGUCAGAACCGGUACCAGAACCACGCAGGUCCCCUAAACAGCGGUCCGUACAUCUAUGACGUGCUCCAAAGUAUUUUCUCAUAGUUUCUUAUGUCAUUUAUCUUGUUUUGGUAAUAUAUAUAUAUAUAUAUAUAUAUAUUUUAAUUUUUUGGUUUAGUUUAUUUAUUUCUCAAUUUACAGUAUGUCAACAAAUCACAUGAGCAGCCUGACUUGUUUGCCACCUUUUUUGCAUAAUUUCUUUGAACCAUAAAAUAUUUCAAUUUAGCGUCGAUCCAGGUGGCUCUAACAGUUCUCAUAGUUAGUUUCUUAACAGGUGAAUGUUUGUCAACAGUUGGCAAGAAUAAUUUACAAAUACUCCAAGUGCUUCAUCUGGAUUCUCCUCCUUAUACACAUCAGACCAACAUAAAUAUUUUACAUCUUCAACAAAAGAGUCCUGAGAAAACAUUUUGUAUGAUCUCUUAUAAAUAACUUUAGGGCCUGCCUUUGGUACUUUGGCUUUCCUUAUUAUUGCCACAAUAUUAUGGUCACUACAGCCAAUGGGAACUGAUAUUGCUUUGGAGCAAAGCUCUGCAGCAUUGGUGAAGAUAUGAUCAAUACAAGUGGAUGUCACAGAUCCAACACUAUUGGUAUACACUCUAGUUGGUUGAGUGAUAACCUGGGUCAUGUUACAGGUGUUAGUCACAGUAAGAAGCUUCCUGUUGAGAGGACAACUAGAUGAUAACCAGUCAAUGUUGUUGGAUUGCGCAGUGAGAUGGAACAGUAAAUAGGCAUUUCAACGUCAUAGCCUUAGCCGGUGGUAACUUGUGGAAUAGACACCGGCUAGAAUGCGGUUUUAUCCAAUCAGCAUCCAGGAUUAGACCCACCUGUUGUAUAUUUAAUAAUACGAUCCUUUAGAUAUUUUUUGUCUGUUUCCUCCCGUCAUAAUGCCCACCGGCACAGUAAGUUUUAAAUGGAAUUGUAUUUAACUUCUGGCUUCCCACUGACUGUUUCUGUGCAACCCAAUACAAUUGAAAGCAUCACUAGUGUAUGAAAAUGCACCCACAUUGCUAAAAGCACCUAGAUAGCUAGCAGGUAAGCUGACUGGAAGUUUGCAUAAGGGUGCUGCAUUUUGCAUUUAGUGCAAUUGUAGAGAAUAAAAUAUCCUCAGCUAUUUGAAUUUCAAAGCAAAUAAUUUCAGUAAAUGAAUGUAGCCAUUCAUUCAUUUAGAUCCUAGUCCUUUUGUGGGUGACUAUGCCGUCUGCUGAAUUUGUGGCAUUGGAUAGGCCUAUAGCUAGCCUAAUAGCUAACACUAACUUCAAGCUCUUCCUCUGACGUUCACGCACCCGUUAUGACCCGCAGACGCUGCGCCGGUGCUACAGCCGAGUGAAGGAGCACGGCGUCGGCAAGAGGAAGAGUAGCUACUCCAUCGAGCAGCUGGAAAAGGUGUUUGGCCAGGGAGGCUGGGACUCCCAGACGUGUGCCCCCGUCCUCAUCAACAGUAGCGGCCUGUACCAGGAGAUGGAGUCUGACGGCAGCACCAUGGAGGACUUCUCCCAGGAAGACUGGUGCAACCAGGUGCUGGCCUCCGCCUUCCAGGAGGGAGAGAUGGAAACUGGUGAGUGGUGGUGAUGAUGAUGAUGAUGAUCAUGAUUGUGGUGAUGACAAAAGCAGGCAAUAGUGAAGGGGUCAGCAGACUUAUUUUUGUUAAAGGGGUAAAUAGACUAUCCAGGGAGCUGGUAGUUCUUAUUAGGGGUAGCUAUGGGAGUGUGAAACGUUUGGAAGCCCUGUCUUUAGUAUGCAGGCUCUUCCUUCACUCUGUCAAAAUGAAUACUGUAGGAGUAAUGAGCUUAUAUGCCUGUCAGGGUAGCUAGCAUUUGAUGUGUUCUUUUGAUGGUGAUAAAAAAAUACUGUUCCUUUAUUUCUUCAGAGGAAACACAGCCGCCAAAGAAUGCCAGUGUCCCGCAGCUUCGACCUGAGCCCUCGGAGAAACUCCAGUAUGUGUUUUUGCCAUAGAAUUAAUGAUACCUGAUAACACUACAUGUAUCAUGGAUAUAAGGUCAAAAUAAAUGCUUUUUACUGCCAAGAUGUUAUUGAAAACAAAUCACUGACAGAGACUUAGUCACUGCAUUAUUCAAUGUCCAGUCUUCAUAAAAAUGUAUAAUCUGUUCUCAUUAUCAACCCUCCACUGAUUCCAACCUCAUCUUGACCGUUAAUGUAUUUCUGUCCCUCUCAGGAAACAGGAAGUGAUGCAGAAUGUGGUGCGCAUCCUGGAGUCUGUGCAGGUGAAGUGGGAGCACUUCCAGACGUGGACCGACUUCUCCCGACUGCACCUCUCCAACAAGCUGGCCAUCUUCGGCGUGGGCUACAACACACGCUGGCGCGAGGACGUCUGCUACCACUACGCCGAGAUCAGCUCCCAGGUGCCCCUGGGAAAGCGGCUGCGCGAGUACUUCAACCCGGAGAAGGCAGAGGGCCGUGUCAUCAUGACCAAAGUGCAGAAGAUGAACUGGAAGAACGUUUAUUAUAAGUUCCUGGACAUCACCAUUAGCGAGGCACGCUGCCUGGAGCUGCACAUCGAGGUGGACUGGAUCCCAAUAGCUCAGUCAAGGGUGACGGGUUGCAGCAACGGGGCCUCCCAGUACCUCCUACCUGGGGGCAUCCCCAAGACUUACGGCCUGUAUGCCAUCGGUUACGAGGAGGUGGUGGCGGAGUCAGACUACACAGGGGAGGAUGAGGUCCCAGACUCUCCGCUGCAGCACCAACACUCUGACCAGAGCUUGCCUCUCUCUGGAUCGUCGGGCUCUGGCGGGUCUGGGUCCGAGAGUGUGGUGGAGGUGGGGGGGAGAGUGGGGGAGGGGGAGAAGACGGGGGCCAAAGUGACCUACUGCUACCUGGGCAUCGCGGAGGAGAGGACCCUACAGCAAUGUCUGUUCCAGCACUUUCAGAGCCCCGGCAAGAACUACAGCCGCAGGCAGCAUUCGGCCGUCACACGCUUCCUCCAGGGGAACUGCAGUGGCACAGGGCAGCAGGCAAGGGAAGAGGGCCUCUCCAUGGGCCCUGAAUGCUCGGCCAUCUACAUCAAAUUUAUCGAGGUGGAGCUAGAUUUCCUCUCCGCUGGCUCCCUGGUGGAAUGUCUAGAAAUUGCAGUUGGUUACUCCCUAAAGUACAACAACAAAGAGACGUUGUAA